AUGGCUGCCAAUGAUGUGCCAUGUUGUGAAUCCAUGUUCUGGGUAUACUUAGUAAUAUCUGUGGGACUCGUGGCAUUUGCAGGUCUCAUGUCAGGGCUCACCCUUGGACUCAUGUCACUCAGCCUUGUCGAGCUUGAGGUCCUUGUUAAGGCAGGUCUGCCAGAGGACAGGAAGAAUGCAGCAAAGAUUCUGCCCAUUGUCAAAAACCAACACUUGCUUUUGUGUACACUCCUCAUAUGCAACUCCCUGGCAAUGGAGGCCCUACCAAUCUUCCUCGACGCUCUCCUCCCUGCCUGGGGCGCCAUAUUAAUAUCAGUCACCCUCAUUCUUGCUUUUGGCGAGAUUAUUCCCCAGGCCGUGUGUUCUCGUUAUGGACUGAGUAUUGGUGCGAAAUUGUCAAUAGUGGUUCGUUUGCUUGUCAUAGUUGUUUUCCCAUUAUCUUAUCCUAUUAGUAAGUUGCUGGAUUUACUCCUAGGAAAGGGGCACUCUGCUCUACUACGGCGUGCAGAGCUGAAGACCUUGAUUGAUUUCCAUGGAAACGAGGCAGGAAAAGGUGGAGAGUUAACUCAUGAUGAAACUACCAUCAUCUCGGGAGCGUUGGACUUGACACAGAAAACUGCCAAAGAUGCUAUGACACCUAUGUCGAAAAUAUUUUCCCUUGAUCUCAACUCUAAGCUCAAUGAUGAUUUAAUGAUUUUGAUAUUGAACAAAGGACAUAGUCGUGUGCCCGUGUACUCAGGAAGUCCGACUAAUAUCGUUGGCCUUAUUCUGGUCAAGAAUUUAUUGAAAUGCCGUCCUGAAGAUGAAACACCAAUCAGGAAUCUGACAAUCAGGAAAAUACCCAGGGUUUAUGAUUCGAUACCAUUGUAUGAUAUUCUGAAUCAGUUUCAGAAAGGGAAUAGCCAUAUGGCUGUUGUUGUGAAGAGCCGUGAGCGUAACAAUGAUGCUACCGAAGUUGCUAUAUCCAAACGUGAAAUGUUGAAGAGAGAAAUCGAUUCAUCAGAUGCAAUAGACACAGUUCCAAGUUUAGAUGAAGAAGUCAUUGGUAUAAUUACCAUGGAAGAUGUUCUGGAAGAAUUACUGCAGGAGCCAAUCUAUGAUGAAACUGACGAAUAUAUUGACGUCCACAAUAAAAUUAAGAUUAAUAUGCUUCCGGGAAAGAAAUAUUUUUUAAGAUCUCCUGGAGCAGCCUCAGCCUCCAAUGUAAACAGGAAAACUCCAAUGGUGUCCCCACUUUCUUCAGCUCAUCAGACACCUAUCUCAUAUCAUCACACUCCCCUACUGCGUUCACCAAUAUCGCCAUAUACUCCAUCGCCAUGUGCAAGACCAACUCUAUAUGCUUCCCCUGGAAAAUUUACGAUGAAUUCACCAGUCAGACAAGCAUGA